AUGAGAUCAAAUUCUCAUUAGGUAAUAGGAGAAUUGCCAUAAGUGAAUGCUGAUCCUACUCCAGACAUGCAAACAAUAGAGAUCAAGAAAGAAGAGUCAACAUAUCGGUUUUCAAAUACUAAUAUUUGCAAUAUAGAACAACUAAUUUUACACUCCAUUUAUGAGGGUAACAUUGAUUAAUUAAAAUCAAUGAAAAUCCAUCUAAGAGAUUUAAAUUAUUUAGAAGAAUUUAGUGAAGAUUUUAUAGAUAAAUAAAUAUUCCCUUUAGCCUUGGCAGUUGCAACAGGACAGUUGGAAAUAGUUAAGUUACUCUUACAAAAUGAAGCAAUAGAAGUAAAUAUGGCUACCAAACCAUAAGAAUUGUCAGCUUUAAAAUUAGCUUGUAGCAAUGGAUAUUAUGAGAUAGCUGAACUUCUAGUUUAAUAAGAUGCAAAUGUAAAUUAAGCAGAUUCAAAGGGAUCUGUGCCUUUAUUUUAUUGUUUCAGCAGAUUGGAGGAGGAAACCAAUUAUUUUGAGAAUAAGCAAUUAUGUUUCAAAUUAGCUGAAUUGUUGAUUGAUAAUGGAGCAAAUAUCGAUGCGGUAGUAAAUGCUGAAAAAGGAUACACAUUAUUAAUGCUUUUUUGUGCAGUCAAAGAUAAAUUAAAUCCUAGAGAUUUAAGAGUAAAUUUGGAUGUUAUACGAUUCCUACUCUCAAGAGGAGCAUCAAAAGAUAAACUAAGUACUAAAGGCAAGACAGCCCUAUAGUUAUCCAAACAUCAUUGCGCGAAGGAGGAAGUUUAAAAGAUGCUCAAAGACGUCAAGCCUACUUAAUACAAAAUAUUCUCUCAUAGACCAUAGAUCAUUUAAUAAUAAGUUAUAAAAUAGGAAGGAGUAAAAGCAUCUGGAAAUAGCAACGGGUUAUGCUGUGGUCUGUUAUCAUCUAGUAGAAAUAGACCUUAAACAGAAAAAUCAUGGUGGUAAAUUUUUUGAAUAAAUAUUAAAUUUUAUAUAUAAUAUUAAUACUUUGAAAA